GGCUGGGCUACUUUAUUGUAUGUUGAGCUCCAUCAAAGGGGAUCAGGCUUCAUCAUAGUGGGCUGGACUCCUUUAUUGUAUGUUUGGCUCCAUCAAAGGGGAUCAAGCUUCAUCAUAGUGGGCUGGGCUACUUUAUUGUAUGUUGAGCUCCAUCAAAGGGGAUCAAGCUUCAUCAUAGUGGGUUGGGCUACUUUAUUGUAUGUUGGGCUCCAUCAAAGGGGAUCAGCCUUCAUCAUAGUGGGCUGGACUCCUUUAUUGUAUGUUUGGCUCCAUCAAAGGGGAUCAAGCUUCAUCAUAGUGGGCUGGGCUACUUUAUUGUAUGUUGAGCUCCAUCAAAGGGGAUCAGGCUCCAUCAUAGUGAGCUGGACUCAUUUGUUGUAUGUUGGGCUCCAUCAAAGGGGAUCAAGCUUCAUUAUAGUAGGCUGGGCUACUUUAUUGUAUGUUGGGCUCCAUCAAAGGGGAUCAGGCUUCAUCAUAGUGGGCUGGACUCCUUUAUUGUAUGUUUGGCUCCAUCAAAGGGGAUCAAGCUUCAUCACAGUGGGCUGGGCUACUUUAUUGUAUGUUUGGCUCCAUCAAAGGGGAUUAAGCUUCGUCAUAGUGGGCUGGGCUACUUUAUUGUAUGUUUGGUUCCAUCAAAGGGAAUCAGGCUUCAUCAUAGUGGGCUGGACUCCUUUAUUGUAUGUUUGGUUCCAUCAAAGGGAAUCAAGCUUCAUCAUAGUGAGUUGGACUCCCUUUAUUGUAUGUUAGGCUCCAUCAAAGGGGAUCAGGCUCCAUCAUAGUGGAUUGGACUCCUUUAUUGUAUGUUGGGCUCCAUCAAAGGGGAUCAAGCUUCAUCAUAUUGGGCUGGACUCCUUUAUUGUAUGUUAGGCUCCAUCAAAGGGGAUCAGGCUCCAUCAUAGUGGGUUGGACUCCUUUAUUGUAUGUUGGGCUCCAUCAAAGGGGAUCAAGCUUCAUCAUAGUGGGCUGGGCUACUUUAUUGUAUGUUUGGCCCCAUCAAAGGAGGUCAAGCUUCGUUAUAGUAGCUUUGGUUCCUUUAUUGUAUGUUUGGCUCAAUUAAAGGGAAUCAAGCUUCGCCAUGGUUGGUAGGGCUCCAUCAUCAUGGGUCAAAUGGGGUCUGGGCAUCAUCUUAGUCGGUCCGUUUCUAUUAUUUAGUUUGUGCGCCAUCAAUGUAGGUCAGUUUCCAGCAUAGGGGAUGAAGCUUCAUCAUAAUGUGUUGGGCAUCGUCACCGUAGCUUGGCUAUAUCGUAAUGUUUCAUAGCCUUAGAUUAUUCAGAGCUGACAUUUUAACGAAGGUUCACAACUGACAUGACAUAAAUACAGUACAUAUGACAGUUUUUAUAUGAAUGCAUACUGUAUAAUUUGGUUUUAUCAAACAUAAACCAGAAUUAACAGAAAUCAUGGUUUCAUGUGUUUUUUUGAAGUUUAAGGAUUUGCAAUAUCCUUGAAUGUUAAUAGUGAAAUGUCAACUUUUUAAAUUUGCAUGAAGGUACACUUCUCCGUCAUUAUUAGAUUGAACAUAUUGUAUUAGGUUACAUCAAAUGUCAAGUUUUGUAAAUGCUGAACAUAGAACAGUAAAUCGUAAGAGAGAAUGGA